GUUUUGAUAACAAACAUGAUGCUGAACGCUCGUCGAGUGGUAGCGGAUAACUUCAAACAAGCUAUGGAUGCAGGUUCUUUCAAUCUGGUGGCAUUGGACACCGAAACGAAUAAGGAAGCGUGCACUACAAUAAACAAUAUAUGGGUUCGGGACUUUAUAAAUGAUUUGCAAUUGUUAAAGUUAGAUUACAUCAACAACCGUUACAACAGUGCAUCUCAGCAGUUGCUUAAACAACCUAUGGAGGAAACUACAUUUUUAGACGUUGGAUUUGACGAACCCUUUGACAAGAUGGUAGUCUAUUAUUGGUCAUAUUAUCUUAAGAAAUGCUAUGACGAUCUGAUGCACAAUGCCACCCAGCUACAUACUAAGUGGUCAAAACUUAAGGAAAAGAUAAAUACCACUCCUGCUGUGGUCGAAUCUUGAUCUACGAUGAUUCCAUAUCUUCAUGCGGU